AUGCUAAAAAAUAAUAAUUUACCCUUGAUAGCAGCUGGCGCAUCUCUCACUUCUUUAGGUAUUGGCUACUUACUAGUUAAGCAAUAUUUAAGCAGUAAAAAACUAUCUCCCUAUGUAGAAGCUUUGGAUAACGUAUUAAAUAAAAGUAAUUUAAUGAAGAGAAAGAAUAAAAAAGGCAAGAACGCUAAUAAGAAAGCUCAAUUUGAUGAUAACCAAUUAAUUCAUAAAAAUAGCUUUUAAAAUGCUGAAGACGAUGUAAAAAAUACUUUGAUUGAGUCAAGGAAUAAAAAAAAUUAAAGAAUUCUUGAAAACGAAAAUUUCUUUGAAGAGCUAAAUGAAGAAGAAGAGUUAAAGAAAUCUCUUGAUGAUUUUGAGCAAGUCAUUAAUUCAAAAAUUAAAAUUAGCUCUGCUCACUUCGAUGCUCUGGGAAGAAGUAAAGAUAUAAGAAGACGCAAAGAAAGCGCUAAGAAUGAAUUUUCAGAAAUGAUUUCUGAAGAACUCUAAUGCUCUGCUGGAGUUAGCAAUUCAGUGUGCCUAGCAAGAGUUGAUAAUGAAGCCUACAUUUGUCUAACAUGUGAUAAAAUAAAUGAAAAAAAAAAGAACAAUAAUUUGAAUCAAAACAAUUUAUCCACUGAAGAUGAUGAUGGUGAAGAUAUUGAUUAUUUUUAAGAUAAAGAUGAAUGUGAUGAAAUGGAUGAAGAUUCAGAUAGAUAUAUAAAUUAAUAGCUUGAUAUAUUGGGUGUACAAAAAGGAAUAUCUCAAGUUUAAAUUAAAAAAGAUCCUAAGAAAAAGAAAUAGAGAAAAAAUACAUAUCCAAGUUUAAAUUAGUGCUAAUUUUAUUGUUGGAAGUGCAUUUAAGAGCACCAUUAAAAUCAUAUAGUAUGCUAGAUUUCUUCUUAAUCUUGUUAUAUCAAUACUAAUCCAAAUUUGAAAUAGAGUGUAAGCUUAUUAAGAUCAGACUAAAAUAGUGCUUAAAUUUAUUCACCUAAGUUAAAUGCAGAAUAGUAAAUUUAUCUUUCUGUAAUUAGGGAACAGAUGGAGAUGUAAUAGUUAAACAGUUAAGCUAUUGGAUUGUAUUGCUGUUCUAUUGAGUAAAUUUUAGUCACUGAAGAAAGCAUUCCUCUUUAAAUUGAAAACCAUCUUUCAUAAGAACUCAAUUUAAUUUUCGACUCACUUUUUGACAGAGUUAAACAAACUUAAACAGAUGAAUUCAAUAAUCUCCUUCAUAUUAUACUCAAAAGAAUCGAUGAUAUCAUGCUUGAUAACAAUAUUCUAAUUUACAUAAUGGGAAGAAUUUUAAUUAAAAAGAAUAUCAUAGACCGCAUUCUACGUUGCGAUAGUCUUGAAUCUCAUAACUAAAAAAAAUUCAGUGAGAUUCUUAUGAAGAUGGCUAAAAUUGAUAUUUCUCUCCGCUCAGAAAUUGCAGUUAUUUUGCUUUAAGAUUUUAAGUAUGUUUUUGUAUCACAUAUUCUCAGCUCUGCUUUACUUUUUAUGCUCAAAUCAUCUCAAGUUCGCCUAUAUGCAACUCAAAAGUUAAAUAAAACUUCCUAAUUUUGUGCAGGUUUGUUAAAUAUGAAAAGUAUAUUUGAAAAAUUUAAAGAUUCUUAUAAAUACCGCAACAAGCUUAUGCGUUGCUUAUACAUUACGCGUGCUCUCUGUGAAGAUAAAAUCUUUGUGGUUGAAGGAAUAUUAAACAAAUCCACCAAAUAAUUCUCUGAACUUUUAUGCGAUGUAGCACGUUAUCUGGAGAAAAAGUCAAUCAUCCACCGUAAAGAUUUAAUGAAAAACAUAAUCCACACAAAUAUUGCAGAAGAAAUAUUUUAUUUAAAAAACCUUGACUUUUCCUUCCGUCAACUUUUUAGUGAUGUUAUCUAAAAUGCUCACUUCGCUCCUGAAAAAUACCGUUAAUAGCUUUGGUAAAAGCUAAGCUUUUACUUAAAGCAAAACAUAGAAAACUUUGCUUAUGAUGUAAAUUAAAUCGAAUCAAACAAUUAAGAAGUAAAUUCUCACAAAGAUAACUAUUCAAAAGAUUAUAUUUAUCUUAAUAUAACAUCCUUAAAUAUGAUGACAAUUAUGAAAAGAGACAUUAGAUGCAAUAGAAUUUGUUUAAACUUUGAAGAUUUCUCUUAAGAGUCAAAGAUCAUUACAAAAAAAUACAUUUUUGCUGAGUAAGAAGGCUACUAAAUUCUAUUACUUCACCAUUACGGUAGUGUUGUUAAUAAUCCUUAAAAUAGAUGCUUGUUUGAGCAUGUUAAAAAUAUUUACGGAUUUCCUGAGUUAGGUGAUUUUGAUUUGAUAACAUACCUUUAAUAAUCUAUUAGUGAUAGUAAAUUUAUCAACGAAAUAUUCACUAAAAGUAAUUUUCCAUGCUAUGAUCUUUAUUAAAAUUUAAGAAUACUCUUCACUGAUUUCCCUAAUUAGUUAGGCUAGCUUUUAAUUAACUUAUUUUAGAUCAAUCAUUAAUAAAUGCCUUUAAGUGUUUUGAUUGAAGAACUUUUAAGAUAUAUUCAUAUCGAUAAUUUGUCUAGCCUUAAUUUAGACGUUUUCUGUGAAAAGGUAAUAGAUAAAUAAAUACUGAAUCAAUAUGAAAGCAAAUACCGUAAUUAACCUAUAUACAAACUAAAAGAACUUUAUUACAGUGAAUUCUUCCCUUUGAUAUUUAGCAAAUACCCUGAGGAUUACGAAAAAUUAGUGAAACAAUAAUAAUUGACAUUUAAAUUAAAACAAUUCGACAACCAUUUAACUAAGCAAAUUGGUAAUUAAAUACUCUCUGGUAGUUCUGAUUCUUCUGAAGAAUAAAUUCUUAAUGGACCUAAAAUAUUAAAUGCUAAUUUCUUCAGCUCAAAAUCCAACAACAAUGAUAUAUUUGGCAGCGAUUAUGAUUUUAUUUUACUUAAAGACAGACUUAUUACUUUCCAUUCUUCAGUUAUGGAUAAAAUUAUACCAACAACAAAGGCCUUUUUCAUGAUAGAUAGAGAAGAUCCUAUAUUGUGCACUAUCAUAUAAAUUUAUAUUAGAAUCAUAUUAUUUUAAACCGAAGCUGCACCUAAUUAAUUCAUGAAAUCAACUCCUGUUCCCUCAUAAAAAUCUCCUUUAAACAUUUCAAACUUAAUACCUGAAAAUAUGAUGUUGAGUAUUUAAAAUCUCAUUUUCAAAACCAACCAACUAUGA